AUGGCCGCCUCAGGACCCUCGGGCCCAGGGCUUGACACUGAUGCCAUUCUUUUCAGGACCCAGUCAGUGCAGAUGCAGAAGCCCCAGCCUGUGAACCCAGAGCUCACUUCGUGGCGCAUCGCUGGACUCCUGGACAUGCUGAACAACUUCAGAGUGGACAAUCCUCUGAGUAUGGAAAUGGCCAGUUGCUAUAUAAGGCUUUCUGAGGACCUGAGAAGUGUCAUAUUUGGAGAUGAAGGUCACAGUGCACCCUGGGAGCUCCAGACGGCGGAGAGCUUUGCUGCAUGGGGAGCUCAGGCCUUCACCUCGGGCAGGCAUUACUGGGAAGUGGAUGUGACACACUCCUUCAGCUGGGUUCUGGGAGUCUGCAAAGAUUCCUGGACACAAGAUACCGGUAUUAUUAUUGAUUCUGAGGAUGUAUUUUUGCUAUUUUCUUUAAAGGGGAGCAAUGGUUAUCGUCUCUCCACCAACUCCCCACCCUUAGUUCAGUGUGUGCAAAGGCCUCUGGGUCGGGUUGGGGUGUUUCUGGAUUAUGACAAUGGAACAGUGAGCUUCUAUGAUGUUUACAAAGCUGCCCUCAUAUAUAGUUUCCUUCCUUCCUCCUUCUCUUCUCCUCUGAGGCCUUUCCUUUACCUAUGUUCCCCGUGA